AUGGAAAUUUUCCCGCCGGAAAUAUGGCUGCUUGUUGCCGAAGAUCUAGAUCGAACGGCUUCCCUGAAUCUAAGCAAAUCUUGCUUGUACUUAUCUGGUCUGGUGGCACCGAGGGUUCUCGGGUAUCGGUUCUUUCGCAGCCUCGAACAUGACGGGGAAUGCGCUGCUAUUGAUUUUGUGAAGGCCCACAAUUCUAUCGAUUUCACUGUUUCCGACGCACAUAAAAAUACAGUCUUCCACUUGAUAGCGGAAAGAGGCUAUAGUGAUAUUCUUUGCUUAUUGCUCACCAAUCCUCGGGUCAAAACACUUCUCAACGCCCGAGGACUUUCUGGUAAUACGCCAUUGAUCUUGGCUGCCCAACACAACCACUACCAGGUGCUGUCUGCACUGCUCCACGCUGGCGCAAACGUGAAUGCACAAAAUGGAAUCGGCCAAACGGCAUUCUAUUGGGCCAUCCAGAACGAUAAUUAUUCUGCCGUAGUUGCUCUUCUAGACAUGAACGCCGACCGCACAAUUCACGGAGGUCUGUCAGCAUUAUGGGCUACUGCCAAGAAUCGUAGCUUAUCACUCUCUGAGCUGUUGCUCUGCAGAGGAGAGAGUCCGAAUACCCGGGAUGCCUCUCAAGAUUCCCUGUUAUAUUGGGCAAUCAAGCGUAAUUAUGAGGCGUUUGUUCAGCUGUUACUUACUCGAGGUGCUGAUCCCAACCAGACCGACAGGCUCAGGCGCGGUCCUCUGACGUGGGCAACCUUGAGGGGUAACGUGAAAAUCACUGAAAAACUCCUUUGUCACGGUGCAAAUCCCGCGAUAGUGGAUCGGUGUGGCCGAACCCCUCUCGCCUGGGCUGUAAGGAUGGGUAACGUAGAAAUGGUGCAGAUGCUGCUGCACCGUGGUGCUGAGUUGGAGACCGUCGACCACUUUGGAUGGACACCUCUUGCCUGGGCUACGUCGCAGGACGAUGUAGAAAUGACUCGCCUGCUACUGGCUCGAGGGGCUUCCGCCCAACAUGUUGAAGACAAGGUUCAGGAUCCUCUUAUGUGGGCGGUAGCGAACAAGAACAUGACUCUAGCUCGAAUGCUUCUCGCCAAAGGUGCCGACCCUAUGCGACUUGAUGGAUACAAGUGGUCUCCCAUGAUGGAGGCGGUUCAGAACCAAGAUACUGCUAUGGUUCGUUUACUGCUGACAACAAGCUUCCAUGCUGUCGACGUGCAAUCGGAAAAUAUGUAUGGGGAUUCGGCAUUAUCGUUAGCUCGUGAUAUAUCGUCAUCGAGUAUGAUGGAACUCCUACAAAGCCAGAGGUGA